CUCUCUCUCUCUCUCUCUCUCUCUCUCACACACACACACACACACACACACACACACACACACACACACACACAGGCCUGGAGACUGGUCAAAGCAGCGCAGCCCACUGCACUCAGCGCUAUCAUCUCGCGAGAGCGGCCCCUCACGGCGGUGCCUGGGCGAUGCGAUGCUGUUGCUGUUGCUGUGGGUUUGAUUGACAGGAAACAUGUCGGUGUGGUGGGAGCAAACCGGGAUGCAGCUGCUGCCAAGGGAGACAGGGAGUACCUGCAUCCAAUCCACACAUCAGCACCUUUAAAACCACCAGGCUUUCCCCUCCGAUACGUCUGCUUAUGAUGCGCUGAACAGCUUCUCUUCUUUUUUUUUUAAAAACAUCCAUUUGAAACGAAGGGGCACCCAAUGGAUGCUGUGGCAAACCGCGUAGUCCGGCUUGGUAUCUUCAUAUUGUGUUUGAUUUAGCCUACAACCAGAGACACCUUGAUGAAACAGCAGGAACUACGAGGACUGUUGUUGCAAUGGAGUCGACUCUCUCACGGCUCAAACCCCGUCUGUAAACCCACAGCAUCUCGUUUCAUGGCGUUUUGCAGGUUGCUCUGUUCCGUGGGCUUCUCCACGUUUCUUUUCUGAAUUAUUAUUUUGUUGUUGUUGUUGUUGUUUUGAUUUAUUUAAUUUUUUUUUUAAAGUGCAACGGGAAAAUAACGACUACUGCUCGCAAAACUAUGAACGAGGAGAUGACAAAAAGCGAGGAGCAGCAUCUUAGUUUGCAGAAAGCCUUGCAGCAGUGCGAGUUGGUGCAAAAUAUGAUAGACAUAAGCAUUUCUAGUUUGGAGGGUUUACGGACCAAAUGUGCCACAUCCAACGACUUGACACAGAAAGAGAUACGAACGCUGGAGGGGAAGUUGGUGAAGUACUUCAGCCGCCAGCUAUCCUGUAAGUGCAAAGUGGCCUUAGAGGAGCGCAGUGCUGAGCUGGAGGACUUCCCUCGCCUCGGCCACUGGUUCCGCAUCGUCAACUUGAGGAAAGAGGUCACACAGGAGAUGAGUCCAGGUGAGGUGACCCUGGAGGGCCUGCUGGAGAUGAGUGAGGAGCAGGUGUGCGAGCUGCUGCAGAAGUUUGGUGCCAACGAAGAGGAGUGCGCCCGACUCAAUGCCUCCCUCUCCUGCCUCAGAAAGGCCCAUCAGCUUGAACAACUUGAGGAGGAUAAAUUGCACAGUAACGGAGGGAGCCAGGCAAAGCAGGACUGGUCCAUCCAGUGGCCCACCUCUGAAUCAGGCAAAGAAAACACUCCGGUAUGCCAGCCAGAGGCCAGUCAGUGGAUCCGGUUCCAGCUCUCCCAAAGCCCCAAAGUCCAGUCCAAGUACAACCAGCACAUGUGCCACAGCCCCCAGGCCCUGGCCCCCCCUUUAUAUGCUGAUCGAUUGACCGUUGACAGCCCAGCCUUAGGGCUUUUCCCUCCCUUGGACUCUGGUCAUCGCUCCUUGCCCCCGUCACCCCGCCAGAGGCAUUUUGGCCACACACCUCCUCGGACUCCCUUGGUGGUCAACACCAUGACCCCGCCUGGCACUCCUCCAAUGCGGCGAAGGAACAAAGUGAAGGCCCCAGGAACCCCACCUCCGCCGAGCCGCAAACUCAUCCAUCUGCUGCCGGGCUUCACCGCACUGCACCGCAGCAAAUCCCACGAAUUCCAGCUGGGAAACCGCUUGGAUGACACACAGACACCAAAAGCCAAGAAGAAGACCAAGCCCUUGAACCUUAAGAUCCACAGCAGUGUGGGCAGCUGUGAGAAUCUGCCCACGCAGCGCUCACCUUUCCACACCGAACGAUCUCUGCGAUCCUUCUUCUUCCCCUCCUUCAUCCCCUCCACACCUCCUGUCCAUGCUGAAACACCCUCUGCAAACACUCUCUCAGUGCCUCGCUGGUCCCCACAGAUUCCCCGAAGAGAUCUGGGAAACUCAAUAAAACACAGGUUUUCCACAAAGUAUUGGAUGUCCCAGACAUGCAUAGUAUGUGGAAAGGGAAUGUUGUUUGGACUGAAAUGUAAAAACUGCAAGCUGAAGUGCCACAACAAAUGCACCAAAGAAGCCCCACCUUGCCAUUUACUGAUCAUACAGCGAGGUGGACGAGAAUCCCUUAAAGACCACCAAGGAACAACUCAAGUAGCUCGUCUGGUACGGACAGAAUCAGUGCCAUGUGACAUCAACAACCCGCUCAGGUACACAGACCUGCACAUCAGUCAGACGCUCCCCAAAACCAACAAAAUCAACAAGGAUCACAUCCCAGUCCCGUACCAACCAGACUCCAGCAGUAAUCCCUCAUCCACCACCUCCUCCACUCCAUCCUCCCCGGCUCCUCCCCUGCCCAGCAGUGCCACGCCCCCCUCGCCACUACAUCCCUCCCCACAGUCGGCACGGCAACAGAAACAGUUCAACUUGACAGCCUCCAGUUAUUUCAAAUACAAACAACAGUUCAUCUUCCCAGAUGUUGCUCCAGAAGCUCCUCCAAGCAGAGCACCACAGGUCAUCCUGCACCCUGUCCUGUCUGAACCAGGGAAUGAGGGCAACCCUUUACUUCAAAUCGAAGUUGAACCUACAUCAGAUAACGAGGAGGGCAACGACGAGGACUCCGGUGACGAGUUUGAGGAGAUGAACCUGUCACUUCUGUCAGCUCGCAACUUCCCACGCAAAGCCAGUCAGACCAGCAUCUUCCUGCAGGAGUGGGACAUCCCAUUUGAGCAGCUGGAGAUUGGGGAGAUGAUCGGCAAGGGACGCUUCGGUAAAGUUUUCCAUGGACGCUGGCAUGGUGAGGUGGCCAUCCGCUUGAUCGACAUCGAGCGCGACAACGAGGACCAGCUCAAGGCCUUCAAGCGUGAGGUGAUGGCCUACCGCAACACACGCCACGAGAAUGUGGUUCUGUUUAUGGGGGCUUGCAUGAGCCCACCACAUCUGGCUAUCAUCACCAGCUUGUGUAAAGGCAGGACACUUUAUUCUGUGGUGCGCGAUGCCAAAGUUGUCCUGGAUGUUAACAAGACCAGACAGAUCGCACAAGAGAUGGUCAAGGGGAUGGGCUACCUCCACGCGAAGGGGAUCUUACACAAAGACAUGAAGUCCAAGAACGUCUUUUAUGACAACGGCAAAGUUGUCAUCACCGACUUUGGACUCUUCACCAUAUCUGGGGUUUUGCAGGCUGGCAGCCGGAGAGAAGACAAACUGAGGAUCCCCAACGGCUGGCUGUGUCACCUGGCCCCAGAAAUCAUCCAGCAGCUCUCUCCGGACACAGAGGAGGACAAACUUCCCUUCUCCAAACAGUCAGAUGUCUUUGCUUUUGGCACCAUCUGGUACGAGUUACACGCACGUGAGUGGCCUUACAAGAGUCAGCCAGCAGAGGUGAUCAUAUGGCAGAUUGGCAGCGGGAUGAAGCCCAACCUCGCACAAACUGGCAUGGGGAAGGAGAUAUCAGACAUUCUGCUUCUGUGCUGGGCGUUCAAGCAGGAAGAGCGGCCCAGCUUCUCCAAGCUGGUAGAUUUACUGGAAAAGUUGCCAAAACGGAACCGUCGCCUUUCCCACCCAGGGCACUUCUGGAAGUCAGCUGAGCUGUAACGGAGGCAUCGAUGGGACUGUGUCUUUGCGUGAAGCUCGUCCUCAGCUCUGCUCACAUCUGCUCCACCGCCCGCCUGCCGCCCCCCCCACCUCUUGCCCCACCUUGCUUCCACAACCCCCACCUUUCCUGCUCCUCCUUCUGCUCCAGCUCUGACACAUUCAUAUUUCCCUUAAUGCCUGAUUGGACCCUUUAGCGGUCAGUAUUGGCCCACUUUGCCAGAGUGGGUGACAAACACACCGCAGACUUUCAAACAGAGAGGCCUUUCUCCGCUCUAUGCCUGUAGCCCUUCCCCAAAACCACACCCUUGUUUUUCUGUUAAGGAAUUUAAACAUGCAUACAACACCCAUCCAUGCCAUACUGCAACUCAUCUUAAGCUGCAAAUAUGUUUUUUAAUACCAUGAUUGUGCAACAUAUCAUUCUCAGCUUUUUUAAAGAGCUCACAACAGCUAUAAAACUGUUAAUUACAAAAUCUGGAGUGUAAAAUUAUGCAAAGGAGUCACUUUGACACAUUUUGAAGUUACCAUGGUCCAUAAUUUUGGCCGCCGUUUUCUGAAGGCUCUAAAGAGAUCUCCACAAUGCAGACUUAAAAUUAGAUCAAGCAAAGUACUCAUCAUUUAGGGUCUGUCACAGUGCAUUUGGAAUAUGAACAUGAUCCACUAGCUAAUAUUUUUAGGAGUUUCAUUGGCUUGAGAAGUAGGAAACCUUCUAUCUAACAUGAGAGUAACAUUUACUCUGUUUAUCCCAAAAUUCUUAAAUUUGGAGAUUAAUAGUUUGCAUCAGAUGACAAAUCAACACCACUGUACUUCAAAAUGUGUAUUUCUGUGAUACCAACUUUAUCAACAAAUGCAUUACAUAUACAUUAUUUUCCAGUGCACCACUGCAUUUAGUUUUUUCAAACCAAGUUGGGUUUUUCUUUUUUUUCCACCAGGUUUCAUUGUUUUUACUGUGCCUGUAACCAAAAAUAGUCCCACACAUCAACGUACAACCCUAUCUCCUACAAAUGACAAUAAUAUACUGCUAAUUUGUAGCAUAGCAAAUACAUUCUGGGAAAGUCUUAAUGCUGCCUGAAAUAUGUAAUGAGGCAUACUGAGCAUAAUGAACUUUUUUUAAUGAAUGUUAUCUGCAAAAUGUUCAUAUAAACAUAUCUGCAAAAUGUUCACUGACACCAUAUUCAUUGGUGUUCCCUACAGUACCCACCCUUGCAGUUCCAUAUUUGCUUGUAUCAAGCAUUGUUAAAAACAAUUCUAGUUAUAUCUAAGCACUCACAGAGCUUUGUUGGUGUUGGUUGAAUACUGAAAACACAUUUUUUCCCCAACUUUUACCAAAGGGCAUCACAGUUCUGCGCUUUGUACGCUUCAGCCCCCGACCUACCUACAAUGUCUGUGCCAUACAGAAAUAAUCCUAAACAUAAUCCAGGCAAGGCAGCGAUUACAUUUCAUACCACAGUGAAAUUAGGAAAACAGUACACAUAAUUUCUAGGAGGCAGGGUUGAAAUGAUACAACACUUUGAACGUUGUGCAGUUGUGUGAAUGCAACACAUGACGAAGAGCUGCACAGCACAUCAACACACUUGUACUUGUGCUCACUAAGCAGCUGUGUCUGCGCAGUCAGGAGGGUAAGUGCCUUGUUUAAGGGCACCUCAGCAGCAGUGGUUAUUUAGGAAAAAGUGAUUCUUUGUUUUUGUCACCCAGAUUUGCCCAGUUGAUCCCAAGAAUGCACACUGAUAUGAAUCUUUAAACUCUCUGUUUCCACAAUGCUUCCAAUUGACACAAGAAAAGCCAGCAUCUCUCUUUAGUGUAUCUGUGCACGCUGAAAGUCAUUUAGCCAGUUACUGUUUAUCUCUACUUUAAACUCUGAACCAAGCUUUUCAACUUUGCUUGCAAGCUCGAGCAAGUCAACGCUUCUGAGAAAAAGAAAAGGUGGAAGGGUAUCAGCCGCUGGUGGAGGGAAUCAAACCUUCCAAUGAGAAUAUCUCAGUUUAAUUGAUUCUAUUACAUGGUCUACUAACUUAGAAAUCAGCACACCCAUUUGUCUGGAUUGACAAAUUAAUCUUUUCCCAGUAAGUGAAGAAUGAAAUGAAUUACAAAAACCCUGUACCCACCAGACGAAUGUUAAAAUACCUCCAUUGAUAUUCGCAUCCAGUGGAAUGAAUGUGUGUCUUCAUUUUCUCAGAGAGUUUUAUGGGAAUCACAGUGUGAAUCCAGAAAAUUGCAAAGGCACUAAAAUACAGAUAAUUGGACAGAAUAUUUAUAUGUGUUUGUGAGGGACAGUGAGCUAAUAGAUUAUUCAAACUCUUUCCCCACACAUGUAGGUGUCUAACGACCUCUAGGCUAUGCAAUUAAAAUAAAGAAAACAUACAGUUCAAUAUUUUGAAAAGGUAAAUAUUUUACUAAGUAUUAAUUUAAUACCACUCCUUCUUGACUGUCAAGAAUUAGUAGUUUUUGACAUUUCUGAGUAUGCAUUUACAUUUUUUUCUAGUGGUAAUCAAAACCAAACCCAAGUACCUUUUUUGUCUUUCGAUACGCCUGCAACCUUUACAUACAUUUAAAGCAUAUUUUGAUUUGUUUAGGGAACACAUCUUCCAAUAAGCUCUGAUUCUGAUAUCCUAAUCAAGAUGGAGUAUUUAAUAUUAAACCUCCCUGUACAGUUUUUGGUGAGGGAAUUCAAGGUUUCACUCCUGUAAAUGUGACAGUGGUCUACAGAGGCAGCCUGCAAAUUACUUAUUUGCGAUUAAGGGUUUUUCUGUAGUACUCAAUUAACAGCCACAGUCACUACAUAUGGGGCAGUAUCUUCGCUGUACUCUUUCCAUGUAAACAUGCCAAUGCUUGGACAGAGUGAACUAGAAAAUCUCUGGUUUGUCAUUGUCCUCCAUCUAUUUGAUAGAACAGCUUUGUUGGAGGAAAGAUUGACAUGGUUUCAUACUGUGACAAAUCCCUCCAUUUAAUAAUACAAUUUUCAUGAGAGAUGCAGUUCUUUUUUUCAUCCUGACAGGACUGUGGAAGGGUUUUCUUGUAUUAAUUUACACAUGUCUCGGCGCUAUUCAACUUGAAACGAAUAACAACUCUGAUUUUAUACAAUAAAUUCAACAUUUUUCAUUGGUAGUUGACAAUAGUCAAUCCCUAUAAAUGUGUGUAGGUGAUUAUUAUUAUUAUUUGUGUAUGUUUAAAAGCUCCAGGCAGACCACAUGGGAGAUGUUUGCACUGUGCACUCUGCCUGCAGCUUUACAGUCUCCCGCUACAUACUGUCUUUUACUGCUGCUGUUUUAAACUUGCAGCCAUACCAUUUAGAAAAACUAAAAUUAUUAUGCUUCCCAUGUAUUGCAUCCAUUGAAGGAUAAGGCUGGUGAUAUUCUAGAUGUUCUUACUGUAAACAAAUCCCAUGAAAAGCCUGAAAGUAACAAUAUGUUUGUACUUUUUGACUUCUUUGUCUGUGGCACUUGGCACCAAGCUAAGUGGUUCCUACACUAAAGACAUAAUAUCUUUAAAAACAGGUUGCAAAUAUAUACCUUUAAAAACCGUUCCCAAAACACUGCAGGUUUUAGCAAAAGUAGAAGUUAAUUUGUAGGGGACUACUUUAAACUGCUUAUUUUUGCACAAUAGAAGUAUAUGGCAAAGAUGAAUGAAUGAUAUCAAUACUUGUUAGUAGGACAAAUUGUGGUUUUGGUCUUUUUAUGAGAUUUUGAUUUCAUGGUGUUAUGUUAGAGUAUGGUAUUCAUAUGUCUUUGCCCUCAUUGCACAAAUAUAAAGUCGACUUGGCCCCCACACUAGUUGAAAGUUUGAGUCCUUUCCUAACUAGCUCCUGCUGGUUUAAACCAGUACUUUUUAGACAAUGAAUGUCUGCAUCCUAUAUAAGUGUUUACAGUGUGGGCAGAGGACACACCCCGUUAGACCCAUUUCUCCACAAUUCCUCUUAACCUUCCUACAGGUACUUGGAUAAUGGGACUCUGUUGAAAUCAAACACAAUUGCAGGACAUCAAAAGGGAAGGAAAGGGGAAAAAACACAUUUCACAGAGGAAGAAAGGCAGCUCUAGAUAACAAAAUGGGCUGUUCUCAGCUCCCCUGCUCACCCCAACAAAUAUGUUGACACAAGUAUCGCGCCGCACGGUCAACCAUGGGAAACAAGCUUUCCAAGACAAACGCAGAUGAUUUCAUGCAGAUGCAAAUAUGUUUAUUUUCCUACUGACCAACAUGACAGACUGUAUGGCUACAUGAGAGCUUAACUGAUAUGUGAAUUUUCCCAAAGCCUGUGAUUUUAUAGAAAAAUGUACAACCUUGUGCUGUGGAACUGACUAAAAACAAGUUCAUUAUUUAAACAACAAAGUUUGUUAAAAGAUACAGUUUAAAUAUCUAGCAUUUCUGUUAGCUUUAUAGUUAUAGUUUGACACUGAGAGUUAGAUGAGAAGAUGUAUACCAAUGUCACGUCUGUAUGGUAGCAGGAGCCAGCAGCCGGUUAGCUUAGAGUUAGUUAGUUAGUUAUAAAGACAAAAAACUAAGGGAAACAGCUAGCCUGACUCUGUUCAAAGGUGAAAAUGAAAUCUGCUGAUCAGCCCUCUUUAAAGCUCAUUAAUUAACUACAAAUUUUCAUUUUUACUCUUCAGUUUUGCACACAUUGAACAAUUGAAAUAUGUUGUAUUGGUGAAGUUUAGGGGUGCUGGUUGGCAGAUUUUGUUACCAUCUGACUGAGCCACAUUAGCUGUUUCCAAUUUUUAUUUUCAUAUUAUUAAUAUUCAUUCAUAUUCACCACACAGACAUGAGAGUGGUGUCGUUCUUCUCAUCUAGACCUAACUCUCGGCAAGAAAGAGAAUAAGCAUUCAUAUUUUCCAAAAUAUCAAACUAUUGCUUUAAAGCCAGAGACUCAGCAAGAAGGACAGUGAAGUCUGUUGUGCCAUUUGGCGCUAAGAAAUACAAUGAAAUUGUUCUCAAUUUGACUGUUAUACAAGAGAGCGCACUGAAAGGGCUUCUCACAAUAGUUUUUUUUUGGAAAGGUUUAAAAGGGUGACUCCAGUGCUAUCAUCCAAUCAAAGUAAUGAAAAACUUGAGAAUGUACAGGAUGAUGUCAAAUACAAGCAGCUUUCCCAAAAGGGAAGAGUUUAUAGUACAAUAUGAACAGAUUAGCCUAAAUAUACAGUAUAUCCUCCUUUCUGAAGACAACCACUCACAACUGGUAUAUAUUUUGAUUCGCAGUCAUAUUGCUGAUUCAAAUGUGCUCUGAAUCUGCUUUCAUCCUUUGAAUACUGUGUGCUGUAAAGGAGAAGUAUUUUUGUCCAGGGCUCAUCCCUCCGUAAACCAUGUCAGUUUUUCCUCCUUUGUUGUCAUUUUGUUGUCAAUGCUUUGCUGCAACACAGUCAUAAUGCAACACCAUGAUGCUUCUUUCCCUCCAGGUUCCUGACUUGUCAUCUUAAUCACUAAUUCAUGACCAUCAGCAUCAUCAUACUCAUGAUAACAUCAACAACACAUGAUGCUGUCUUUACUCGAAAAAGCAUAUCUAUCAUUCAAGCUUGUAAUGGAUCUUCAUUUGUAUAAUUUGUACAGUAAAGUUUAUAAAAGUUUUCUACCCUUCCAGAAAUUAUUUAGUUUCUGCUGUUCAACUGAAUGUCAAUGAAUUACAAUUUGCAGGCCUUGUUAUAAAAAAAAUGUGUUUUUUGUGCAACAUUUGGGUUUGUUCUACUGUCCAGAAGAGAAGAACAAUUGUCAAUAAAAACUUUAAGUGAUAA